GCGCCGCCCGUGAUGAGUAGUUAAUCCGCGGCAGCUGCGCGCGCUGUGCCGUGUGCAAACAUCCGAGACGUUGAGAGAAGACACACGAUGUCUGACUCCAGUUCACCACCUCACCAUCUGCGUCUCCACUUCCUGUUCUGUCUCCAUCAUGUGGUACAUGGGUCAGAGUCUGAGUGGAGGACCAAACAUUCUCCCGUCAAUUGGAGAUAAAGAUGGAGGAGUGUGUGAGCCGAGGCCUCUCCUCUGAUUUGGCGUCCCUGCUGCGCUGUGAAGGCCUGACCAGCAUUACCCUCACCAGGCUGGACCAGCUGGUUACCACGAGUGUGAGUGGUUCUGGGUUCAGCAGGGUUCUGGUCGUGUUGAAGUCUUUAGAGGUUCUGUGUGAGAACAGAGAAGAUCUGCAGACUCUGAUCCACCUCGGACUCACAGCUAAAGUGGUGUCCUGGUUCUCAGCCAUCCAUCAGCCGUUGACCUCUGACCUCCAGAGGAACGCCGCGCUAUUGGUCAACCUCACGGAGGGCUUCUACGACUACUUCCUGCUGCUGGGUCAAACUUCUCUUCCAGUCAGUCAGCUGUCUGUGGUUCUUCUUCAGUUGGCUCGGUUCGCUCUGGAUCAAGAAAUCCACUUUCCGCUGAGGCUUGAGGCCAUCCGAACGUUUAACAGUAUUUUGGAGUUUCUGAGCCGCGAGCAGCGGAGACUGAUCCAGAUGGACCAGAACCAGACGCCAAUACUGUCUCAGGUGGCAGCAGCAGUUCUGACAGUUGGAGACUACGAGCUGCAGGUCAGCCUAUCGGAGGCUCUGUGUCGUCUGACUCCCAGGAAGGAGCGAGAGCACAAAGCCAAUCAGUGGUUCUCCUGCCGUGACAUCAGCAGAUCCUUCUGUGACAUCAGAGACGUAGACUUUGAGGUGGACUGUCGCCGUUUCCUGAACUUUGUUAACAGUUACCAUGGUGAACAGAGGAGAGUUUACACCUUCCCGUGUCUCAGAGCGUUCCUGGAUUCCACUGAGCUGUUUCGUCCUAAAGACGAGAAACUGGACGAGUUCUGGAUCGAUUUUAACGUCAGCUCAGGAUGUGUGAGCUUCUUCGUUGAUGAGCCUCAGGGCUUCCUGUGGGGAUCGAUCCACCUGCUGAAGGAGGAAGUGGACCGUUACAGUCUGCACCUGAAACAAGAUGGAUGCACUGGGGCAGAGACGGUCCUCAGCGUGCAGCUGAACACUCCCAUCAUGCACCAGGACAGCCGAGGCCGCACCGUGGAGCUGAACUUUGACCCCGAACACCACCGAGACCUGGAGGAGGCUGCUGGGAGAGUCUUCAUGAAAGUAAAGAGUUCGUCCCCUCUGAAAGCCCCAGGUGGUACGAUCCAGGUGUCUCCGUCAGCAGACAGACUCAAUGGUCGUUGCUACGGCAGGAAGAAACCACAGAGCAAGAGUCUCCUGAAGAUUUUGCCUCUGUCGUCUCCGAGCAGUGAAGACGACACCACUGUUACCAAGACUCCGAUGAGCAGAGCCGAGUUUCUGUUCGAUCAGAUCAUACACUCGACUCCAUCGUACGCCUCAGGGGCUCCUGUGGGGGCGGAGCUAGAGAACUUUAAGGAACGGACGGACGAGUUUGGAGGAAAAAUCUCUCCUUUGAGAAAGGAAGUCUCCAGUUGUGACAGGAAGAGAGGUGCUGCUCCAGAUUCAGGUUACCUGUCAGACCU